CCUGAAGAACUUCAGAAAAAAGACAACAAUAAUAACAGCUUAUUAGGUGGGUAAAAUAAAAGAUCUACUGGAGAGAUUGGACUUAAUCAAGAUGCUGCUGAUGAUUGAAACUCUUCUUCUCAUUUCAGCUACUCUACGGGAUCACACAGCUUCUGUCGCUGAUGGACAGAUAGUUCAAUUGGAUAUGGCUCUAGAUUCUGUAGAUGACAUUUAUGUUGGUUGCAAAAAGAGCAUGGCUUGUUUGGUGGAAACAGUAUUGCAAGUUGAACUUAAUAACUCACCUGAAUUCAGAACGGUUUGGCAGGAUGCUCAGCAUAAUCAUGAGCCUCCAGAAGAUGACCUGAAAGAGAAUCAUUCAGUUGCUAUUUAUGUUUACACUAACUCACGUUAUUAUCUAUAUCAGCAUUUUAAUAAUGCUGUCCGUAGUGGUAAACAACAAUACAAAAACAAGACAUAUACAUGGUAUUCACUUCAGUUUUUGCUAACAGAAGCAAUACAGAUUCUGAAGGAAACACAAAAGGGAUGCAAGUUAACUUAUCGAGGAACAAACAUUGAUUUCAAUAGGAAUGUUCUGAACCAUCAGGUUCGAUUUGGCUCAUUUACAUCCUCCUCUCUUAGUAGUACUGUAGCAGAAAAUUUUGGAAAUAAGUCUUGUUUUAAAAUCACAACUUGUGAAGGUGCUGAUCUGACAAAAUAUUCUACUUUUCCGGAUGAGACAGAGGUCCUGAUUCCUCCAUAUGAGGUGUUUGAAGUUAAAGAAAUCAAGACAAGAAAUGUUCAGAAAGAUCUCUGGUGUGAAACUGUAUUUGUGUUGGAAAGUAUUGGAGUAAAAAGUGACCUGAACUGUGAUCUGUUCAGGACAUCAACCAUGUCUAUAGCAAACAGAUCAAGAUUUAUGAAGAAAAACUUAAUACACUUUUAUCAAAAACGACGUAGAGUGCAUUCAAGGUAUAGAGAUUAUGUGUUCUCUGGUUUCCAAAGAAUUUAUGAGGACCCCUUGUCCUUGGCGCUGCGAUUCUGCCAUUCUGCUUGAGCUGAUGUAAUACUUCAGUUGUUGAGUGCUGAUUUACAUGAUUACAUGAGUUGCAGUGGCUCCACACAAAUCAAUCAAUUACCUACAAACAAAUAAUUUUACCUUCUUUGUCAGAAAAUUUUUAAAUUAAGGAUUUAAAGACCUAAUUUUAUUUUAACUGCAGCCUGUGUGCAUACAUUAAUCCAUUUUGCACUUCACAUUUCUCUGUCUAUCUCAC